UCUGUUGCUUGGCUGUCACUGCCAAAGUCAGACAACAUGCUGCCUGCUGUUGUAAAGCUCUGCUGUGGAAUCUCAUACCCACAUCUGAGGAGCCUUACAGGACUCCAACGCACAGCCGUGGCAGUGAUAGGCCAGGAGCUCACUCACCGGCAGCGAUGGGGACAGGUCCACCAUCUCAUCAGAACCGGAUUGAAGCGUAACGAGCCCAAAUCGGAGGAUAUAAAUCCUGCGCCUAUGAAAGAAGACCAGCUGCUCUAUGUACAAAAAGGCCAAGAGGCAAUGAGGAAGGCUCUCUGCAUGUUAGAAGACACACAAGGAUGGAAGGUCGAGACAGAGAGCGGGGGCGACGUGAUCUGCAGCAAAGUGACGCCCGGCGCCGGGAAGGUCUUCAGGCUGGAAACGGUCCUGGAGGCCAGUGUGGACGAGCUCUACGACAUCCUGUUUGCCCGAGUCGAGGAGAUGCACCAGUGGAACCCGAGCAUCCAGCGCAUCACGGUUCUGAAGCAUGUCGGACCCGAAACGAUCGUCACUCAUGAGGUUUCCGCGGAAACAGCAGGGAAUCUAAUUGGCCAAAGGGAUUUCCUGUGUGUCAGACACAGCUGCAAAGAAAAGUCCAGAGUUUAUCUUGGAGGAGCAGCCAUUCAGCUGGAGUCCUUCCCACCUCAGGCCGGCUUUGUGAGAGCCGAGGAUGGACCGACCUGCAUCGUUAUUCAGGCUCUGGCCGACGAUAUCGGAAAAAGCCGCUUCACGUGGCUUCUAAAUAUGGAUGUUAAGGGCUGGCUGCCAAAGUCUAUUGUCAAUCAGGCUUUACCCCGAGCUCAGCUGGACUUCACCAGACACCUCCGCACGCGUCUCACAGCGGGCACCACCCUGGGCUAACUGAGUCCCCGAGACACCAACACAUGCAGCUACCCCCCCCCCCCCCACCCCUCCCAUGUCAUCACUCAAAAGGACAAGAGUGGGUGAUGAAGCUACGGUGACAGACUUGCUGCUCGGCACGAGGAGCACCUUCCAGCGAGGGCGGAAGACGCUGCCUGGGGGAGAGGCUCCGCUCCAGAGCCGGCAGAUGCCAGCAUCAGCGGCCCAGCGGCAGGCCAGGCCAGACGGCAGCUGGUUCAUAGGAAUUAAUGUCACAGUGUGCCACUUAAACCUCAAGAUGAUCUGAUUAGGAGUCACCAUGUAUCUUUACACACACACACACACAGACAUACACACACAACUAACUGAAGGACAGCUGGAAAAGAAAAAUGAAUAAAAGUCCUUGAAUGUACCUAUUUUGCUCGUUUUGAAUACCAGAGCACCGCAUAACAGGUGGCUGCUCUCAACUCAAUUACACUAAAUCUACAGAAGGCAAGCAAGAAAACUGAAUAAAUAAAGAAAAAAUGGAGACUGGAGGAAACAUAAAUAACAAGAA